CGCGCAGGCGCGCAGAAGCCGCGUCGGGCUCGUGGGAAGCAUGGCGGCCUCCUCGCUGGCGGAGAAGGAGAAGGAGCGGCCGGCUGGCGGCUCGGGGGCGGCGUGCGGGAACAGCACGCGCGAGCGGCUGCUGUCUGCGCUGGAGGACCUGGAGGUCUUGUCGAGGGAACUCAUAGAAAUGCUGGCAAUUUCAAGAAACCAAAAGUUGUUACAGGCUGGAGAGGAAAACCAAGUGCUGGAGCUGUUAAUUCACAGGGACGGGGAGUUUCAAGAACUAAUGAAACUGGCAUUCAGUCAGGGGAAGGCCCACCGUGAGAUGCAGGCUCUGGAGAAAGAAGUUGAGAAGAGAGACAGUGAUAUUCAGCAGCUGCAGAAACAGCUAAAGGAAGCCGAACAGAUACUCGCAACAGCUGUGUACCAAGCAAAAGAAAAACUGAAAUCCAUAGAAAAGGCAAGAAAAGGCGCCAUCUCCUCGGAAGAGAUCAUCAAGUACGCGCACAGGAUCAGCGCCAGCAACGCCGUGUGCGCCCCGCUGACCUGGGUUCCCGGGGACCCGCGGAGACCGUACCCGACUGACCUGGAGAUGAGGAGCGGGCUGCUGGGCCAGAUGAACAACCCCUCCGCCAACGGCGUCAACGGCCACCUGCCCGGCGACGCACUGGCCGCAGGCCGGCUGCCAGACGUGCUGGCCCCGCAGUACCCCUGGCAGUCGGGCGACAUGGCCGUGAACAUGCUGCCGCCCAACCACAGCAGUGACUUCCUGCUGGAGCCGCCCGGGCACAACAAGGAGAACGAGGACGACGUGGAGGUGAUGUCCACGGACUCCUCCAGCAGCAGCAGCGACUCGGACUGAGCGGCGCCUGCGGGGCUCCACCCGGUGGGGAGAGCAGGGCGGUGCCGGCUGCAGCGGAACUGCACCCCCGCCCCCACAGAAAGUCAUGGUGGACUUUCUUCUGAAGCAAAUAUAACGAUUUUGGCUCUGAAUCACUCGGUGACUGUUUGGAGGAUAAUCAGAAUUCACUGUUGGGGGGGGGAGAGGAUGCAGUGCGGCCCGGCCCUGCCCUGUGUCAGCUGCGCUGGACUGGUGCACGGUCGUCCUGGGGUGAGGCUUGAAGGAAGUGACCUGUGCACCUGUCACCAGUGGGCCUCCUAGUGGGAUUAUCUGGAAAGGGCGGCGGGUCACUGAACGCGCACCAAGUUGAGACAGCAGAACCCCCCGCUGAAGGUGAAGGCUGUGCCCCGGCCGGGGGCUCGGUCGGUCAGGGUAUGGUCCCGGGACACAGGUGGUGGGCCGCUCCCCGGUCAGGGCACGCACGAGCAUCCACCAGUGAGUGUGUCAGCGAGUGGGACAGCAACUCGGUUUCCCCCCCACCCCAGCCUCCUCCCUCUCUCUCUAAAGUCAGCAGAG